AUGACGUAUCGAUUUUUGCCUUUCGGUGGAUUUUUCUCGGAUUUCGGGCAAAUCUUGCAUGUGAUAUUCGUAAAGUGUUGCUUUGGUUGCAUUUGGCGUGAUUCCAGUGCGACAUUGAUUUGGAAGGUGCAGCGUAGUUUGACACAGGGACGUGCCAGUGGGGCAAAUACUUUUUGUUACCUGGCCAUACACAUAUGGAAGUUGACACAGAACACAGCCUAA